GAGAGGGAGGUGAAAAAGAAGAUACCAGGGAGAGAGAGAGAGAGACAGAAAGAGAGAGAGGGGGGAGAUAGGGACAACACCUCAUCAAGGAGAAAAGGACAGAGUAAAGAGUUGUAAACUACACACAAUACUGCAUAAACAUGACCUUGGCAGCAUAUCGAGACAAGGUGAAGGAGCUCCCUCUAGUGUCACUUUUGUGCUCCUGCAUCAACUCAAACCCUGCAGAAAAGCCCACAUACAAGGCUGAGGUUCAGGAGGCUGAGAUGUUAAAGCAUCUUGCAGAGAAGAGGGAGCAUGAGAGAGAGGUCAUCCAGAAGGCCUUUGAGGAGAACAACAACUUCAUUAAAUAUGCUAAAGAGAAGUUGGAGCAGAAGAUGGAGGCCAACAAAGAGAACCGUGAGGCUUUGCUUGCCGCCAUGCUGGAGAGACUACAGGAAAAGGACAAACACGCAGAGGAGGUGAGGAAGAACAAAGAGCUGAAAGAGGAGGCCUGCCGGUAGAAGACUGCUUUGACUAUAGUCAAGGGAGAUCAAACCAGUGAAGAGAAAAUAUAGCAAACGGUAGCCAAUACAUCUCAAAAAAGGGAACAUAUUGGACAUUGAUAAUGACAAUUUGCAACACACCAAGCUUUUGUAAGGUUUAACAACAUCAAAACUACUUAAUAUUAUUAAAAACAGAAAGAUAUUGUCUAGAUGACAAUGCAAGGUGCACAAAGAGUACGUUACUUGGUAGAGCCCAGAACGUUGCUUCAGAGAAAAAGAAUGAAUAUACCAAACCGAUCUUUAGAAAUGACAUGAAGAGGACAGGAAGAAAUAUUGAUGAAUAGAUGCUUUUUAUAACCUCCAUAACCAGUACAGAUGAAUAUGUUAACAUAAACUACAUCUUAAAGUCACUCUUCACUAAUAGCAGUACCACAAAAGCAUCUUUUUCCCAAAACAUGUGCCAUCUAUUGAGGCUUUGGCUCAUGCUUCUUUAAUUAUUGUUUGAUAUUAAUAUUCAAUAAUCAGUAGGGUUUCAUAGAACCUCAUGCAUGCCUAUACAAUAUACAUUAUUAAGCAUCAGUAAUCAGGUGGCUAGAAAUGUGUUAUCUAUCACAUUUCCUGUUGUGACGAUGUGAGGUAAAAAUAUGAUCAAAUGAAUAUUAGAUUAGAAUAUACUAUAAAUCCCAAAGCUCACGACCCUCUCAGAUACAUUAAAAGUGGAGCACAGUGACACUUUAAGCACAACUCAGAAGCACAUUUAGCUUUUUUUCUAUCAUUAUAUUUGUAUUAUGAUGCUCAUCAGUAGAAAAACACAUAGUGGCAUCUCAAAUGAAGAAUGAUAUCACUCAGGUGUGAGAAAAAGAUCCUCUUUGGAUUUGGGAAAUGGUUUUAGAUAUGAACGGUGCACUUUGCUUUGGCAUGUCACUGAGCUUUAUUCUAGUCAUUUAUUUUACUCAUUCUAUACGAAGACAAAGGAGUUUGAUGUUGGUGUCUGCAGCAUCAAAAAAGAGCCGUUCCAUGUGCAAUGAUGAGAAUUGUUGUUAAUCGACCAGAUUUGCUGAGAAAAUUGAAUGUAAAUGCUCCCUGUGUUUGUAAUUUCCAGAUGAUUAAAUUCUCUAGUUCAAGUCAAAUAAAUGCUUCUCUUAACUAAA